GGGUAAUUGAUUUUGACUUUGGGAGAAUUUUCCUAUGUGGAAUAGAAAUUUUCAGAAAGUGGGACGUGUUGGAUUUAUAUUUGAAAAAGAUCGAGGCGAAGCCAGAGAAACUGUCCAUCCAAUUGCUAGUGGUGGAUGGCAACUCGAGCACGAGUUUUUCUCGUCUCUCAUCCUAAAUGAGAGAGCCAUCCAUUUCAAUUCCAUUCAUGAAAUGCGCUUUAUCCGAAGGUGCAAGCAGGGGUGUUUGCAGUUUGUGAUUGUCAAGCCCAUAUUAGUGCUCGUAACCAUCAUACUAUAUGUAGAAGGAAAAUAUGAGGACAGAAAUUUCAGUCCAAGCCAGUCAUACCUUUACCUCACAAUUAUAUAUACUAUCUCUUACUCAAUGUCACUUUAUGCAUUGGCUUUGUUUUACGUGGCAUGCAAAGAUCUGCUCCGUCCAUUUAAUCCAGUUCCAAAGUUCAUCAUUAUAAAAUCCGUCGUAUUCCUUACGUAUUGGCAGGGUGUUCUGGUGUUUCUAGCUGCAAAGUUGGAGCUUAUCAAAGAUACCGAGGAAGCUACUGAUUUCGGAAUUUUAUAAUUUGUAUUGAGAUGCUUAUUGCAGCUUUUGCUCAUUUUUAUGCAUUCCCAUACAAGGAAUAUGCUGGCACAAAUAUUGGUCCUCCUGUUGGUUUUACUGCUAGCCUUGGACAUGUCCUUAUGCUCAAUAACUUUUACCAUGACACGGUUCACCAGGCCAGCAAACAGGGAAAUCGGAGGCAAGAACUACUCUUUGCUUAUGGAUGCAUCAACUAAUGUUUCAGCACCCUAUGACUUAUCACUGAUUGACGUAUAGAUAUUUCAACUUAUCCAUCUAAGGUACCUGCAGCCAUUCCUGGGUCAAGGUGAUGCUAUUGAAUUUUUCAACCAUGUGUGGAUUCAUUUUGUUUGGGAAUUAAAUAUGGCCAGCAUCACACGUGACCUGAGUAUGUCGCUGUGAAGCUCACAGUUGUAACUUUAGUUUGUAAAUGUAGGCAAAGCUAGUUUCUACCUUGUACUUUUGAUUGUGUGUUCCCAUUUCCAUAUGUAGUGUAAUUAGAGAAACCUCAGUUGUGUUACACUUGGAUGUGUUUAACACAAGCUCAUCAUAUUUUUCAUCUGUCUUUUAAUUCAAAUAUCUGAAUGAUUGUAUUACUUUUGGGCACUAA